CCGCGCCGCCUGGCCGGCUACCCCGUGCUCCGAUUCGCCCCCUUUGCCACGUUUUAACUCCCGUCAAAAGCAGUCCGCAGAACCUCACGGGGCAGGGUGAAGGGCAGUGGCUUCAGCAGAUGUACUGAGCAUGCUCAGUGCACAAUAUGGUAUCAAGUUUUCGAGUUUCUGAACUACAAGUGUUGUUGGGCUUUGCUGGACGUAAUAAAAGUGGGCGCAAACAUGACCUCCUGAUGAGGGCACUGCAUUUAUUGAAGAGUGGCUGCAGCCCAGCAGUUCAAAUUAAAAUCCGAGAGCUUUAUAGGCGUCGGUAUCCAAGAACUAUUGAAAGUCUGUCUGACUUGUCACCUAUAAAACCUUCAGUUUUCAAUUUGGAUGGUAGCUCCUCUCCUGUGGAACCUGACUUGACCGUUGCUGGAAUCCACCCACUACCUUCUACUUCAGUCACCCCUCAAUCCCCUUCAUCGCCUGUUGGUUCUGUGCUGCUUCAAGACACUAAGCCUCACUUUGAGAUGCAGCAACCAUCACCUCCAAUUCCACCUGUCCAUCCUGAUGUUCAGCUAAAAAGCCUCCCAUUUUAUGAUGUGCUUGAUGUUCUCAUUAAACCUACAAGUUUAGUACAGAGCAGUAUUCAGAGGUUCCAAGAGAAGUUUUUUAUCUUUGCUUUAACACCUCAGCAAGUCAGAGAAAUCUGCAUUUCCAGGGACUUCUUGCCAGGGGGCAGGAGGGAUUACACAGUCCAAGUUCAGCUAAGGUUAUGCCUAGCAGAGACUAGCUGCCCUCAAGAAGAUAACUAUCCCAAUAGUUUGUGCAUUAAAGUAAAUGGGAAGUUAUUUCCAUUGCCGGGAUAUGCACCACCACCAAAAAAUGGGAUUGAGCAGAAGCGACCCGGCCGCCCAUUGAAUAUUACAUCUCUAGUUAGAUUAUCCUCAGCAGUGCCAAACCAGAUCUCCAUUUCUUGGGCAUCUGAAAUUGGAAAGAACUACUCCAUGUCUGUCUAUCUCGUUCGGCAGCUUACUUCAGCCAUGCUUUUGCAAAGGUUAAAAAUGAAAGGUAUCAGAAACCCAGAUCAUUCCAGAGCACUAAUUAAAGAAAAGCUGACCGCUGAUCCUGAUAGCGAAAUUGCCACAACCAGUUUGCGGGUAUCUCUGAUGUGUCCUCUGGGAAAAAUGAGACUGACAAUCCCAUGCCGUGCUGUUACCUGCACACAUCUGCAAUGUUUUGAUGCUGCUCUUUAUCUACAAAUGAAUGAAAAGAAACCAACCUGGAUUUGUCCUGUCUGUGACAAAAAGGCAGCUUAUGAGAGUCUGAUAUUAGAUGGGCUCUUUAUGGAAAUCCUUAAUGAAUGUUCAGAUGUGGAUGAGAUUAAAUUCCAAGAAGAUGGUUCUUGGUGUCCUAUGAGGCCUAAGAAGGAAGCUCUGAAAGUGUCCAGUCCUCAGUGUACCAAAAUAGAAAGUUCCAGUGUUGUCAGCAAACCAUGUUCUGUGACAGUGGCCAAUGAGGUAAACAAGAAGAAAGUAGAUGUUAUCGACUUGACAAGAGAAAGCUCUUCCGAUGAAGAGGAAGAUCCUCCUGCCAAAAGGAAAUGCACAUUUAUGUCUGAAACACAAGGAAGCCCUACCAAAGGGGUUCUCAUGUAUCAGCCUUCUACUGUAAGAGUGCCCAGUGUGACAACGGUUGAUCCUGCUGCUAUUCCUCCUUCAUUAACAGACUACUCAGUACCAUUCCACCACUCACAAAUAUCCAGUAUGUCGUCAGACUUGCCAGGUUUGGAUUUUCUUUCACUAAUCCCAGUUGAUCCACAGCAGUACUGUCCUCCCAUGUUUUUGGAUAGUCUCACUUCAACCUUAACAAACAGCACCCCUGGCAAUAUCAUCACAUCUACCAGCCACCAAGAGAGCAGCACUCACGUUAGUUCUUCAAGCAGGAGUGAGACAGGAGUCAUAACCAGCAGUGGGAGCAGCAUUCCUGACAUCAUCUCAUUGGACUGAAACACUGACAGCAAAAAAACUCUAGGAGUAAUUGCACAAAGCUGCUUGUCGUGACUGGAGAAGGAACUUCAGUGUCUUGGAAGCUAUUUUGAUAUUUAUUAAAAAGACAUAUUGAUUCUGUUGCCUUCUGAAAGUCGAGUAAAACUACAUCUACAGUAGGAACUGAAAUGAUUAGGACUUUUUUUUUUUUCUUGGUCACAAAAUAUUUGGAGUGUAAAAGACAGUCAGAACAAAUGUACCAUUUGGCUUGUUCUGGGGAAACUGACUUCGUUUUGUUGGAUGGACUCCUAUACAGCAAUAAUGUAAAAAACAAACUUUUU